UGCAAGAAACCAUCCACCGUCACCAUUCAAGACUUCGUCUUCUCCGGCCUCCGUUCCGCCGGAAAUACCUCCAACUUGAUCAAAGCCGCAGUGACCCCAGCCUUCGUCUCCAGCUUUCCCGGCCUCAAUGGCCUCGGCAUCUCCGCAGCCCGCCUUGACCUCGACCUUGGCGGCGUCGUCCCUCUCCACACCCACCCCUCCGCCAACGAGCUCCUCCUGGUCACACAGGGCUCUAUCUUAUCCGGUUUCAUCUCCUCCUCCAAUUCAGUCUAUUAUAAAACGCUGUCCCAGGGAGAUAUAAUGGUGUUUCCUCAA